AUGGUGCAUUCACUGGGAGCACGUACGAAAAUUGAAUAUUCCGGUGCAAAACUUUUCAUUCCUCACCCAGCAACUGGUCACAGUGUGUGGUUAUUUCCAGAUUCCUGCCACAUGUUGAAAAAUGCUCGCAAUGCACUUGUGGAAAUGAAAAUGUUUACUGCCAGCACGAACCAAACCGUUGACUGGGCACACAUUUUAGGUCUAUGCAAAAUACAGGAAGACCAAGGUCUUCACUAUGCAAACAAAUUGACAGCACGACACUUUCAUACUUCUGAAAAUAAGAUGAAUGUUAGAUUGGCAGCCCAGGUUCUGAGCAACUCUGUGAGUAAAGCGUUGAUGGCUUUAGAAAAACAAAAUAUUAUUUCUGGUUGCAACAUUUAA